AUGGAUAUGGACUCAGCUGGUGAGAAUAGGUUGUUGCAGCUCAACGAGCUUGAUGAGUUUCAAUUGUAUGCAUAUGAAAAUGCCAAAUUAUAUAAAGAAAAGAUGAAGAGGUGGCAUGACAAACACAUUCAACAUCGAGAGUUUGAGCUGGGUCAAGAAGUUCUGUUAUUCAAUUCAAGGUUGAAACUAUUCCCUGGAAAGCUCAAGUCCCGUUGGGCAGGUCCUUUUGUUGUGAUAAAUGUGAGGCCUCACGGAGCGAUGGAACUACGUGAUAAGAGCUCAAGUGGUACCUUCUUGGUAAAUGGCCAGAGAAUAAAACAUUAUUGGGGUGGUGACAUUGCACGUCACAAGACCUCAGUGGACUUAAUUGAUGCUUAA